AUGAAAGCCAGAUUUCAAGAGGAGGUAUUCAGCAGACCUCAUGCCCUUCCAGAUAUAUCAAUUCCAUUUCUGGUGUUAUGUGAAGUGGAUCACAUAUCAUCAGUAAUCUCACAGGCCUAUCAUCGCCCAAUCAACAUUGGGAAAAAUCAGGGUGGAAAAACCUGCAAUGCAGAAGCUGCUGAGAGAUACAUGGAAGUGACUGAGCCAUCCAUUCUGGUGACCAACUCAAACACCAUCUGCAUUUGGUAUUUGCCAGACACUCUCAGCCCAAAAAGAAGGGCCAAUGUAUGGAACCACCUUCAUCUUCUGAGGGAACCACUGUGGGAGAGCAUAAAGGCUUCCCCACAGGCAUGGCAGAUGGACAAGUCAUAUUUCUGCAAUAAUGCUGAGUUGAAAGGUGCCAUCAACCUGUCACCCACAUGGUUUCAAUAGGGUCAUGGGCUUGGACCAACCAAGCCACAUUGCACACAGGGGC